CGACAUCGCCUCCCCAUCUGCUUGUUCUCAUCGCCUCAAAGAAGCUUUGGCGUUGUUACCUCUGACCGGCGGCAGGAUGUGGAUGAGGAAGAAGAAGGCGGCGACGACGAGGCCGGCGGCCCGGAGGAGGGCGCCGACGUCGCUUGGGGCGCUGUGGCGGCGCGUGGUCGGGCCGGCGCGCGGAGGCAAGACCAAAAAGACCAAGACCAAGAAGAGCAAGAGCAAGAUCGGGUCGCUCUCGCGCGCGUUCAGGGUGUUCUCCUGCGUCCGCGGCCAUGGCAAAGGGAGGAUGGCUGCGCGCGCAGCCCGCCGGUAUUGAUCGGCUUGCGACGCGCACGUCCGCCGUCCGGGCGUCGAAAAGAGUCGUAAUUAGCUGGCUGCGAGUCUUUGUCGUAGCUGCGCGUCACAGAUUUUAUGUUAAAUUUGUAUAUCCUGUAUGUCCACGUGUUGUGGUUGUACUGUCUGCUGUUUUGUGGAAUGAAAAUAUAUGCGUUUCCGUAA